AUGGGCUUCUUCAACCGCAAGAAGGCAAGGAAUACCGCCCCCGACCCGGUACCGGUGCCGAGGCCGGUCAAGCCGGGGUCCUGCGUGAACGCCGGGGCUCAGUAUCACGUUUCGCCGCCGCCGCCACAGGUUUCUCAAUAUGCCACGUCAACAACUCAGACGCCGACGUACUGGCAUACUCAGCCGCAGCAACCGGGACAACACCAACCCCCGCCAUCUCCGUAUUACCACCAGCCGCCUCCGCCGCCGCCGCCGCCGCCGCCGCCGCAGCAGCAGCAGCAACUCCAGAUCCAACACCAUCACCCCCAGGGAUGGUCUCAGUAUCCCCAGCGCGGGCAGUACGCCACGCCCAUCGUCGUGAACCAGCACCACUACAACCUCGCUGCGCCGACGUCGACGGCGCUGGUGCCGUCCCUUCCUCCUCCCGCCGCCAACACGAACCCCUACUCCUCGUCCCGCAACGCCGCGACGUGUCCCUCGGGCCUCGACCGGUUCGCCGGAUCGAUGGUGACACUCGCCCGGGACUUUGCGUCGCCGCGCUUCCUCGAGGAGCCCAAUUUCCACCCGCACGCGACGCAGCUCAUUAACUCGACCGCCGCCUGCGUCGACCAGAUCGCCGGCUGCUUCAACGAUGUCGUCACGCUGAUCGACCGGGAGAGGCUGGUCGGGAACGAGAAGGCCCUGUUCUCGUACCAGAGCGGCGGCGACAAGACGGUGUCGCAUAGUCCGCCGUCAGGGCCCGGGGGUGGUGACGGGCGGAGGGGCGCCAGGGAAAGGGAGAGGGAUAGGAAAGCUAGUGGAGGCGACGCGAGGAGGAAGAGCAGCAGCAGCAGGGACAAGGGACACUCGUUGGCGUCGUCGUCGUCAAAGGUGCAGACGACGGCCGUCACCGCGUCGGUGGUCUCUGGGAACUACUUUGCAAAGGUCGAGCUGUACGCCAACUCGAGGCUGCCCCUGAAUCUCCCACCGCUGAGACUAUACAUGCCGACCUGGCCCCUCCUCUGCCUCGCGGCGCAGUACGCAGAGCGCGUCUACGAGCAGCCCAGGGGCGCGGAGCGCGACGCCCACGUCUCGGCCGACUGGAAGACGGGCACCAAGGCCAUGGUCAUCAAGUCGGUGCCCAUGGACCACAUGGAUACCAUCGUCUUCGCCAUCCGCGGCUCCGCCACCUUCAUGGACUGGGCCGUCAACCUCAACGCGGCGCCCGCCUCGCCCGCGGGCUUCCUCGACGACGAGGGCAACUCGUGCCACGCCGGCUUCCUCGCCGUCGCGCGCAAGAUGGUCGGCCCCGUCGCCGCCCGCCUGCGCCAGCUCCUCGAGGAGGACCCCGGCCGGAGCGCCUACAGCCUGCUGAUCACGGGCCACUCGGCGGGCGGCGCCGUCGCGAGCCUGCUGUACGCGCACAUGCUGGCCGAGUCGCGGCGGGCGGCGAGCGAGCUCAACACGCUGACGGCGCGCUUCAAGAGGGUGCACUGCGUCACCUUUGGGACGCCGCCCGUGAGCCUGCUGCCGCUGCGCCGGCCCGAGCGGCCCGAGCUGCGCAAGAGCCUGUUCCUGACGUUUGUAAACGAGGGGGACCCCGUCACGAGGGCAGACAAGGCGUAUGUCAGGAGUUUGUUGGAGCUGUUCGCGUCGCCGGCGCCGCCGGGGCAGUCAGGGCAGACGGGUCCCGCGACGGUCGCUGCUGCGGGGCCGAAGGACAGGGAGAAGAAGAAGAAGAAGAAGGAGAAGAAUAAGGGUGAGGAGGAGGCGGGCGCGAGGGGUAGAAGACUGGCGGCCAGAGCGAGCGGGAUGUCGCUGAGGCCGAGGGAGGGCAGGGUGAAGGACCCGCCGACGACGACCGGGAGCGGCCGGGAUGACAUGAAGGGGAAGCCGAUCUGGCGUCUGCCGCCGAGCACUCUCAGCUCGCCUGGCCGGAUCGUCGUGCUGCGCAGCGGGGAUCCGCGGGCGAGGCUCAAGGACCGGAAGACGGUGGGCGAGCGGCUGGACGAGGGGGUCGUCGCGCAGACGGUCUCGGACGAGGAGCUAAGGGGGGUCGUCUGGGGGGAUCCGGUGUGUCACGUCAUGAGGCUGUAUUCUGGGAGGAUCGAGACGCUGGCCGUCGGGGCGGUUACCGGGCGGCACGGUUGA